GCUAAGCUCCAAGAACGCCUUCAGGAGGCUCGUCGUGCGGCUGUGGGUGCCUCGAAGGAAGCACGCCAAACAUACGGUAAAUAUUACGACCGCGGCAAGAAGGUGGAGUUUCAGCCUGGCGAAGGUUCCCUGGUGUGGUACUUUGAACAUCGGCAUCGAAUGGGAGGUCUUCCUCCCCUUACUGGGAAAUGGCGUGGCCCUGCUCGCGUCCUGAAGCGUCUGGGACCGGUCUCUUUUGAGAUCCAGGACGUCGCAACUGAAGUUCAGAUGAAGGCUCAUCUGAAUCACUUGAAGCGCUACUGCCCACCAAAUGAGCUUUCAUAUGCUGCGGAAGAUGACGAAGACGACGACGACGGUGACGACGGUGACGAAGGUGACGUUGGUGCUGAUGAACCCCCUAACUCAGUUGACCCUUGGGUUGCCGUGCUGACAUCUAUGAUGUCUCCGCUGACCACUCCGACCCAAGGCAUGGGAGGAUUGUGGAAUGUACCAUUCACCAAGAGGGGACGUGGCACUCCAGUUGUCACUCCACAUACACACCUGUUUCACCUGCGCGUGAUUCCCGUAGUUCACCCCCAUCCCGUUUGGGAAAGGGAAAGCCCGGGCGAUACCAACAAUCCUGCCUCCUCAGCAGACACGUAUCAGUGUUUGGUGACUUCGCCCACCAUCUCUCAGCCAAAGCAGCCCAAGACCAGGAAAUACAGGUACUCACCAGCCCUUUAA